CUCGGGAGGCACCGAGGCCUGUGUGCGUUUGUGGCCUCAUAGGCCCCGGCCCGCCUACCUUACCUGGCGCCUAAUAUCCUUCCUAGGCCGACAAAUUAGCAGACCCGAACGCACCGAGCAACUUCAUCAGGCCUUGCUGUUUCAUAUUACCGCGCGCAUGUUGGGACUUAUAUAGAACUUUGGCUUAGAGUCUAAUAUCCUGGCUUAACAGUUGCAAACUUGCAAUUUCCCAGCGCUCUUCUUCUCAAGGGAUUUCUAUUUGAGAUUUCUGGAAUCCCUUCAAUUAUUAUAUAGGCUUUUGAUAUACCUGUCCAUCCUAUAUACUUUAUAUUUCCAGUUCCCACUCCAAUCCUAUUUGCUAUCCGACCACCUAUCAGGGUCAGCAUCCAUCAGACGAAGCAAAAAGAGACUACAACAGAUACAAACAACGGACAAAUGAAGCAAACGUAUCUGUGGAUCGAUAUUGGGACGGCUACGUGAUGCAUACUGGGAGCCGGAGAACCCCGAUCGAAACGUUGUCCCAACGUCAGCAUAGCAGUCUGCUUCAACCAGCUGCAGAAGCAGCCACUGACACGCUUGCACACGCUCAAGCGCGAGACAACUUCUUGAAGCAGCAUCCAUAUGCGUAUAAAAAUGGACUAACACGCAAACGUCACGAAGGCCUUGCAGAUUCUGCAUAUAGAGAUGUCUCACUUUCGUGACCGCUAUGCUACCCAUCUCUCAGGAUCAACUAAGAGCAGCUCGUCCACACAAACAGGAGUAAAAGAUCAGUAUUGGCAGUUGGAUAGAAUCAGCGGACAAUACUAUCAUAAGAAUAGGGACGGAACUGUCGCCUGGGCAGGCCAGGGAGGACAGUCAUCUUCUUCAGCGGCACCGAGGAGGUGAGCGGUUUUCGCCAUGUCCGGAUCUAUUCAUUCACAGGUUCUGGCGUUUUUGUGUUCGGGGAGCUCUCGGUUGUGUUCAUGCUUUGACCGUGUUGUCUUUGGCUUGUUGACGUCUUCUGGCUAUGUUUCCGCCGCUGGCGGUGUCGGGGUCAUAAUUGGCGGUGGUUCUUGCGUUAUAGUCUAAUGCUGGAUUACGUAUUAAUAGCCGUAGUGUCCUUGAUUUAUACAUUUGAGUUAAAGCUAAUAUAUUGC